AUGGGGGUAGUAAAUAGUCCUGGAGCACUACGAGGCGCUCUAGCGAGAGUAGUUGGGACAAGAGGUGUUGGGGGGAGAGAUAUCGGAGCUAGAGGAGGACCAAGUGGAAGGGGUCAACCUAGGAACGCCUCGCAAGGAGGUCGUGUGACAACCCCUCAGGUAACUUGUGGGUAUUGCAGGAAGGCUGGCCAUACUGAGGACGGAUGCUGGAGGAAAGAAGGAAAGUGCUUGAGGUACGGAAGCAGCGAGCACCAGAUUGCCGGUUGUCCAAAAACCCUAGAAGGUGGUACUCCGAUUUCUAGACAAGCCACUUCUGGAGGAACUAAAGUACUAAUUGAUCCUGGCACAACUCAUUUAUUUGUGAAUCCAACUUUUAUGUCCGGAAUUGAUGUAAAACCUGAUAGAUUACCUUUUGAUCUUGAAGUUAGGACACCCAUGGGUAAUAAAAGCAUAAUCACUAGCCUGGCCUAUAAGAACUGCGAAUUCUGGAUUGGAGAGCGUAGGAUGCUAGUUGAUCUAGUUAGUUUGGACAUAAAAGGUUAUGAUGUUAUUAUAGGAAUGGAUUUUCUAGCUCAUUACCAUGCUAAGCUUGAUUGUAGAGCAAAAGUGUUAGAAUUUUGGAUUCCCGGGGAAGCAAUCUUGAAAUUGGAUGUGAAAGGCAGGUUAGCAUCGUCUGCUUUGAUUUCUGGAAUUCGGGCAAGGAAAAUGUUGUAUAAAGGAGCGCAAGGUUUCUUAGCCUUCUUGAUUAACGCUCCCAGUGACCAAGUAAAGUUGGAAGAUGUACCAGUGGUAAGGGAAUUUCCAGACGUGUUUCCCGAAGAAUUAAAACCUUACCUCCAGAGAGAGAAGUGGAGUUCAAGAUUGACCUAG